UUCUCUAUAUUUUUCAACCACAAAAAUAUCUUGAUUUAUUUCCAAUGACUCACAAUCCAGAUCGAUCUAUGCUUCAGGAAUUCUGGAGAAAUGAAUUGGCGGAAGAUGCGGAGGAUAUAGAUGAACGAAGAAUGCUCCAACUAUAUGAGCAGCGACAAACGGUACAUCAAAGAGCUCAAAGUUCUUCCAGUAGAACACAGAGGAGAAGGUAUUUGAAUCGGGAUCGUGAAGUUGGGCAUGCUCGUCUUUUCAAUGAUUACUUUUCUGAUGAUCCGGUAUAUCCUGAUGAAAUAUUUCGACGUCGAUUUCGAAUGAAAAAAGAGUUAUUCCUUCGUAUAGUUGAUGCCGUGAAAAAUCAUUCCGAAUAUUUUCAAUGGAAGGUCGAUGCAGCAGGGAAAAAAGGUUUGUCACCACUUCAGAAAUGCACAGCGGCUAUUCGUCAAUUGGCGUAUGGAGCCCCUGCUGAUCAUUAUGAUGAGUAUCUACGGAUUGCUGAAACAACUGUCAUCCAAUGUUUAUUCAACUUUUGCCGAUGUGUAAUUGAAGUGUUUGGUGCCCAAUAUUUAAGAAGACCUAAUGCUGCUGAUAUCCAACACUUGCUUGAAAUGCAUGAGCAGAGACAUGGUUUCCCUGGCAUGUUGGGCAGUCUUGAUUGUAUGCAUUGGCAAUGGAAAAAUUGCCCCGUCGCUUGGAAAGGUCAGUUUACUCGAGGAGAUCAUGGCGUCCCAACAAUUGUGCUCGAAGCCGUUGCAUCUUCGGACUUGUGGAUAUGGCAUGCCUUUUUUGGGAUUGCAGGGUCACGCAAUGAUAUCAAUGUGCUUAAUGAAUCACCAUUAUUCAACGACGUCUUACAAGGGAAUGCACCAGAGGUUAAUUUCACGAUUAAUAAUACACAAUAUACAAAAGGAUACUAUCUGACCGAUGGGAUCUAUCCAGAAUGGGCUACUUUCGUCAAGAGCUUUCCAUGUCCCCAGGAUCCUAAAAGAAAAAUAUUUAAGGAACGACAGGAGGCUGCGAGAAAAGAUGUCGAGAGGGCAUUUGGGGUGCUCCAAUCACGAUGGGCAAUGAUAAAAGGUCCAGGACGAUUUUGGUACAAGGAUAAUUUGAAGGACAUCAUGUAUACCUGUAUUAUUUUGCACAACAUGAUUAUUGAGAAUGAGGGAGAUGCAGUAGUCAAUUGGUCGGACGAUGAAGGAGAUUCUCAAUCACAAAUAUUUCAAGGCUCCACUCAAGAAUUCCAAGCAUAUAUCCGUAGAAAUUACGAGCUACGUGAUAAUCAGUUACAUCAUCAACUUCGAGCCGACUUAGUUGAGUAUAUCUGGGCACGCUAUAAUUGUAAUCAGUGAAAAAAUAAUUUAUUAAUUGCGAUAUAUGUAUUGUGAUAUUUAUGUAAUUUUUUUAAUUAUGAAAGUUAUUUUAUGUUAGUAAUUUAUGAAUUUAAAUUUUAUUAAAUUUUAAUUAUAUAAAAUGUAAAUAUGAAAAAGAGAUAAUGAAAUAUAUAUAAUGAAAAGUGUGGGACCCAUGAAAAAGUUGUUGAGAGGUUUUUUGAUAGUGGAAAGAGGUAUGGGAUUUUUAACUUUUGAUGUGGCGCAAAUGUGGCAACGAAG